AUGUGUUCUAGUGAAAGAAAAAAUGCCUUUGGCAAUAAUGACAUAGGCUUUGAAAGCUCACCCUCGCUUGGGAUUGAAAAUGGCAACGCCAAUGUCAACGGCAAUGGCAACGGCGACGACAAUGACGAUUACGAUUAUGAUCACCAUUUUGAUGCUGAUAGCGACGACGAUAUGUCAAAGUCAGCAAACUCGGCUCAUUUUUCAACAUCCCAGGACAAAUUCAUGAAGGAGCACGAUUUGAAGCAAAGAGCAUUUGAGGCAUUGCACAAUAAUGGAGGUCGCCCUGCAUCGUCAUCUUCUCCAAGCAGUGCUGGGUUGAGAAGAAGGUCUUCAGUAAUUGAUAUGCCGCAUGGUAUGAUUGGGGGUGCUAAUGUUAAUGCCAGUGGCAAAGGCAGUGGCAAUAGUGGUGACAAAAUUGGCAACGAUAGCCACCUUUCACACUUUAUACACAACCUUGACCCACGUCUCGAUAACGCAAUCCCAGAAGAAUACCCUUCCGAAGAGUUGGUAGAGUUUUACCAGAAUGUCAAGACUUGUUUGGACCUUCGUCACAAGUACUUGAACUUGUCAUUACAGACUCCGCAACUGAUUGACCCAAGAAAUCAACCAGAAUGGAAGAUUUAUCCACUGCCACCCAAGCCAACGUACAAGUCGAAAAAUAGAUUUAAUCAGAUUGUCAACACUGCAGCUACUGGAGAGGAAGAAGAGGAGACAUUUGACUUUAGCAAAUGCAUGAUUCCAAACAUUGUUGAGAGUGAAUUUUUUUUCAAAUUGAAUAAAGAAGGUGUCUAUGAAGUGUUUAAAGAAGGUUGUGAUGCCGAAACUGAUUCUCCCUUGGUUAAGAUUCCUGACUUGCAACAAUACCAUUCCGAUUUAAACCACAUUAGUAGAAUAGCAUCCGAUGGUCCUACAAAGUCCUUUGCAUUCAAGAGAUUGCAAUAUCUUGAAGCCAAAUGGAACAUGUACUAUCUUUUAAACGAGUUUGAAGAAACCAAACAGUCAAAACAAAACCCACAUCGUGACUUUUACAAUGUACGUAAAGUUGAUACACAUAUCCACCACUCAGCCUGUAUGAACCAGAAACAUUUGCUCAGAUUCAUCAAGUACAAGCUCAAGACGGACCCCGACCUGCCUGUGAUUUUUAGAGACGGCAAAAUCUUGACCUUGGCAGAGGUGUUUAAAUCCUUAAACUUGACCGGGUACGACUUGUCGAUUGACACUUUGGAUAUGCAUGCACACAAGGAUACAUUCCACAGAUUUGACAAGUUCAAUUUAAAGUAUAACCCCAUUGGUGAGUCUAGACUUCGAGAGAUUUUUUUAAAGACUGAUAAUUUCAUCGAUGGACGAUACCUUGCCGAGCUUACACAACAAGUGAUGGAGGAUUUGGAAAGCUCCAAGUACCAGAUGAACGAGCUCAGAAUUUCCAUCUAUGGUAGAUCAAUCCAUGAGUGGGAUAAGCUUGCCGCUUGGGUUGUAGACAACAAGUUGUUUAGUCACAAUGUGAGGUGGUUGAUCCAGGUGCCCAGACUUUAUGAUAUUUACAAAAAGAACAAGAAUGUGAGAUCAUUUUUGGAUAUCGUCAAGAAUAUUUUUGAGCCAUUGUUUGAAGUGUCAAUGAACCCCAAGUCCCAUCCUAAAUUGUAUAUCUUUUUGCAAAGGGUUGUUGGGUUUGAUUCUGUUGAUGAUGAAUCAAAGGCAGAGAAACCUAUCCAAUCUAGAUCCUAUCCCCCAGCUGGUGCUUGGAACUUUGCUACCAAUCCACCAUACUCGUACUACUUGUAUUACUUGUAUGCAAACAUUGCUUCAUUGAACCAGUUGAGGUUAAAGAACAAGAUGAACACCUUUGUGUUGAGGCCACAUUGUGGUGAGGCGGGUGACCCUGAGCAUUUGAUCAGUGCUUUUUUAACUUCGUAUGGUAUUUCGCAUGGUAUCUUAUUGAGAAAAUUACCAUUUAUUCAGUACUUGUACUAUUUGGACCAAAUUGGAAUCGCCAUGUCGCCACUUUCAAAUAAUGCAUUAUUCCUCACGUACGACAAGAACCCAUUUUAUAAUUUUUUCAAAAAGGGAAUGAAUGUCUCGUUAUCAACAGAUGACCCGUUGCAAUUCUCCUACACCAAAGAACCACUUAUCGAAGAAUAUUCAGUUGCUGCUCAAAUCUAUAAGCUUUCUGGAGUCGAUAUGUGCGAAUUGGCCAGAAACUCGGUGCUCCAAAGUGGAUGGGAAGCUGCAAUCAAAAAGCACUGGCUCGGAAAGAAUUACAUGGCCGGGGGAGUGGAAGGCAAUGAUAUUGAAAAGACAAAUGUCCCGGACAUUCGUGUAGGUUUUAGAGAAAAUACUCUUAAAAGCGAGCAAAACUUGGUGGAGCAUUAUAACAAGCCCCAGUAUGCAGAUAUGCGUCGCGAAUCCCACUAA